AUGGCUAAGCUCAAACUCCAAAGGAAGCAAAUCAAAGAGAAAGGGAGGAAGAAUGCAAGCAACGGAUAUAAGCGUCCUAGCGUAGCGCGAAAGGACUGUACGCGCAUAAGGACUAUAUUGGGCGGUGAGAGAGACUCUCGACCCAAAAUGAAGACUUUUGUUUCUCUAACUCAAAGCGGCAUACCGCGUUUCAUCCCUCCCCACUAUAGAAAGAUAAUACGGAGAGGUGAUGACCCGAGAGUCAUUCGCGUAGUGCUGUCUAUUUGCGCACUUUCACGUCUGAUUAAGGUCGUUCCGAAACGGGGGAUGAGGGUAAACCCCUCAACCAUCCACAUUCCAAACUUCCAACUCGGGGAGCAAGCUCAGAAGCUCUGUGUUAAGCUACUAACAUCGGGUUUCUCGAUGCUCAGCGCUUAUGCACCAGCUUAUAGGAAGAUCCCCCGCUUACUUGGCAAAGGCUCGCUUUGGUUCUCUGACCGGGAAAUCAUUCCUGAUUCCGGUUAUGAUAAUCCUGUCGAGCCGAUUAAGGAAGGAACAGACGGCUUUGGUUGGUUUAUUCAAGCUUUACUACCACCGGCGCAAGCGUUGUGGUGGGAUACUAUGAUAACCCGACCUGAAGCUGGACGCUUUGGGCGUAAACUUGAGGGGAGCGGUAAGAUCCGGCUGUUCGCUAUUGCGAAUCCAAUCUUCCAGGCGCUGUUAAGGCCCCUGCACGAUUGGGUGAUGAAAGUCCUUUCCACUAUUAGGAUGGACGGUACUUUCAACCAGCUGGCACCGCUGCACCGCCUUAAGGGUAGGAGGGAGUUAUACUCCUUCGACCUUAAGUCGGCGCAGGUAGAGGAGGGCCUCUUACCUGUUGACCUCUCUGGAUCUCUGUUGGCGAGUCUUUUCGGUGACUCCUUGGCCAUGUAUUUGAGUGGGGCAUGGUGCUUUCUUAUGACCAUGGUGGGCUUUCGGAGUCCGGAUAGACUCCCUUCACGUUUGAAGGCGAGAGUUUAUCGGUUUACUCGAGGCCCUUUAUUCCCUGCUCUCGGUUACUACUCAUCAUGGCCGGUAUUCACCCUAACGCAUCAUGCUUUAGUGUGGCUAGCGGCUUAUGAAGUGUAUCCAGGGCAGAGAUUCGAGGAUUAUGCCAUCCUCGGCGAUGAUAUAGUUAUCGCCGAUAAGAAGGUGGCCCUUGAGUAUCAGAGGAUCAUGGAGGAAGCACAGGGGGUUAUUUCGAAAGAGAAAUCCCUUGUGUCCUCUAAGGGGGCCUGCGAAUUCGCAAAGCGCUUUAUUAUUACCACAGGGCAGAUAGGACAGAUUGUAGUCCUGUUUCCCUGUCGUGUAUUAAAAUAUGUUCUGUUCAUGGGUUACCGUGUCUUCUCCAAGGUGAGGGUGGGAGUGAAUUGUUCAUUUUUCGAUUCACUCUCCCCCCGCUGGAAAAGACAUUGGUUAACUUUGUACUCAGGGUCCGGCAUAUGCCCACUCCCUUUUAAGUUAUGGUUAGCGUUUCCCGAAAGGGGAAUUCUGACUUGUUAUGAAGAAGGUGCAGUUCGGGCUUUUAUCCUAGAACGGGUUGCUCCUCGGGAUCUGGACGAAGAGUCCUUUUCCCAGUUGCGCCUAUUCUGGAUAAAUGAUGAAGAAAUGAUGUUGGAGAGACUUUUACAGUCUUAUCUCAAACUCCAUCUUGAAUAUCUUCAUUGGUAUGCCAAGGUAAUCCUUGACUUUUCUAUUUCUUUGGAAGAUCUAAUGAAGCCCCCCAUCGCACCUCGGCGCAUCGUCCGAGUAUCCGAUGAGUCCACCCUGAAAAGGUAUGGGCUCGCGUUCAAAGCAUGGGACUUUGUCCGUAAUCUAAAACCAAUCUUGGCUUUAGAUGCGGGCCCCACUAGAGGUUUUAUACUCUUGUGA